AUGCAUCGGCGUAGCGCCUCUCGCCUCGUAGACAUCGCGUCUACCAGCUCGGCCGCUCUCGGUCGAACCACUCAACGCCAUGCAUCGAAUGUCGCCCGAAACCGCAAGCCUCCUGGCGAGGCGCUCUCGAGGAAGACAUACGACAAGGUAGAGCUUGCCGCCAAAGGUCUUGUUGCCGCUGCUGCGAAGAAGCAGAAUAAAGUCGGUUGGGGACACCCGCAGCAUCACGAGGGUGAGACUCGCAGGUUGACGGCAGCAGUGAAGAGCGCCGCAAAUCCAUUGAAGGCACCCACUCCCGAGUUGCAGAUGCUCCUUGCCCAUCAAAACAUUUCCCCCGACCCAGAGCUAGGCAGGUCGCUUAAUUUUGAGCCUGGUUCACUCGUCGAGAUCCGCAGGAGUGAAAGCGUUUACCAUGGAGUGGUAGUCCAAACCAUACCCGACAACGGCCGAUGGAUGACAUACUCACUGCUCAGUGGUGGCGAGUUAUGGCCACAUCAGGACAGCGACGUGAUGCUAUACAUCCCUGGCUUCGUCGAGCGUGACCUCAUCGCACGAUGUGGAUCCAAACAAGCGACACUCCUCAACGAGAGCGAGAUCGCUGCCCGUGUCAGUGUUCUCAAACGUCUGCGGAACCUCGAGAUCGCGGUGGAACAGACUGUAAAGGAGUUACACCAUCAGCUCCGAGGUAUAUAUGAACAGCUCAGACAUCCAGACCCUGAGCAGGCUACUUCAGUGACGGUGGAAGAAGCCGCACGCCUCGUAACUUCGAAGUCGCGGGACCCACUGUUGACGAAGUGGGCUGUCCACAAGUACCUCUUUGAGAAGUGCAAAUACUUUUCGGCGGAGGUGUCGAAUUUCUUGGAGAGACCGGCGUUCGAGGUACGGUCGAAGCGCGAUGUCGAUACCAUCGACGCCGUCGACGAAAUGGUCGCACGGAAAGACCCCGUCAUGGAUAGCUUCGUGGAGAAGGCCAAGAUCCUCAUCCGGGCGGCACGGAAACGGGCGCGGGAGACAUGGUCACAACCGCCCUCUUAUCAAGCCGACGACAACACUACAUUCAAGCCUGCUGAAAUGUUCAUCAUUCGUUUCUUGUGCUCUUCGCUCCGUAACAAUCGGAUGACCCAAAGGGAUCCAUUCCUGCUCUCGCAAACGUACAUCAUGAAGAAAACUGGUCUAUACGACUCCGAUGACUACGGACAACGCACUGUCUACCCUUUCCUCGUCGAGCUCGGCGUGAUACCGCCGUGGCAAGAUCCUGUCGACCGCACACAACCGUCUACUGGUAUCAGUGGAAUGCCAUUGCUCGGGAGCGAGCUUGCACGUGGUCAACCUUCAUCGUCACCAGCGAACACUUCCUCUACGCGUCCAGCAUCGUCGUUGCCGCUGGGUCCAGAAGAUUUCUACUCGCGCGACCUGGUCGAUCAUCUGCGACACGACUUCGGCGACAUGCCGGUCUAUGUCAUCGACGAUGCGGACGCAGAAGAACUCGACGAUGGCUUUUCCGUAGAAGCGGUUCCCUCCGAGCCUGGCCGCACGUGGCUGCACGUACACAUCGCGGACCCGACGUCCGUGCUUCCGCCUACGCACAGGAUUGCGCGGGAGGCCCUUGCCCGUAUGGAGUCAUUGUACUAUCCCGAUGGUUCCAUCCCCAUGCUUCCCGACGUGCCGGAGCUACGCGAGCUGAGUCUAGGGCAGGUUGGGGUGCAACGCGUCAUGACAUUCAGUGGCAAGAUCGAUACAGAGGGGAACAUCGUGGAAUACAAGAUCAGGCCGGGCAUCAUCAGGAAUGUGCAAAAGUUACACUACAGCGACGUGAAUGAGGCAAUAGGUGCACCAUUCGUUCCCCCCCAGUUUCCAUUCGGAGGGGGAGAGGAUCUGAUCCCUCCCUCAAACGCGGCGUCGGUCGGGAAAUCGGCCAUAGACGAUUUAUCGUCCGUUCGGAAAGUGACCGACGCUUUAGUAAAAGGCCGUGUGCGCCAGGGCGCAACGCAGUACGAUUGGACCAAAUCCAAGGUCGCCAUUCGUCCCAAAUCCUUGCCAACACCCCCCGUAACAAACCGGCCGUACCGUUGGUCAGGUUUUCCAAAGCUGUAUUACGCCGUCGAGUCCAGCCGGAUGGUAGAUUCGGGCUCUCGGCAGAUAGUCGCAGAGUGCAUGCGGUUGGCGUCUCGCAUCGCCUCGAUGUGGCUCCGGGACCGCGACAUCCCUGCUAUCCGGCGGGUGUCCCGAGAACUGGUAGACACGACCCCGGGUGCUGUCCAACAAAUGCUAAGCUCUCGUGACGAGAGCGGCUUCGUGGACCACUUGCUCAUGCUUCAGCUGGGACUCGUUUCCACAGGCGCGACAUACGCAGUCAUGCUCGGCCCGCAUGCGGUGUUAGGCAUCCCCGACGGCGAAGGGUACAUGCGCGCAACAUCACCCCUCAGGAGGUUCCUCGACAUGGUCACCCACUGGCAGAUCAAGCAUGCACUGCUAACCCCCGACGCACCGCGCCUCUUCCCAGAGGAAUGGCUCCAGGACCUCGCCAAGCACUCGACCUGGUGGGAAGGCCACCACCGGGGGAUCGAGCGGAAUCACGAGCGGUUUUGGGCUUAUAAGUUCUUGGAGAGGCGGAUUGCGGAGACCAAGGAAGGGUCGCCUGAGGCGGAGAGACUCGCGGAUGCGCUCGUUGCCGUCGUGACGCACACCCCGGUGAACAACUUCCUUCAUCAGUAUUGGCAGGCUUCGUGUCAUCUCUGGGAUCUGGGGCUGAGAGGCAUCCUCAUCCAAUUGGGGCCCACAGAACCGUUGAAAGGUGGCGACCGGGUACCUGUGAAGGUCGCAGCGCUUAAGCUCGGUGUCACGUCGCAACUAGACCUUGUCAAGAGAUAG